AUGUUGGGGAAGGAGGACGAGGAAGAUAAUACGUACAUCAAUUUGCCUGAUCUUAACCUACAGAGACAGAAGAAAGGUGAAAAGGCCAAAGGGAACUGUGAUGAAGAAGGUGCAUACAGCAAUUUGUAUGAUCUCGAUCCAUUGAGGAAGAAGAAUGCCGAAGCCAAAGCUGGCAAGAAUACACAAAUUCGGCUCAUACUGAUCCUGAUGGUCCUUCUCAUUAUCCUGUUCCUUGUUCAAGUUGUCGUCAUCGGUAUCUUGUUCACCUUCUAUAAAAACAUGGCCGAGGAGCAGUCACACCUGAGGGAAACUGGUGAGAACAUGGCCAAGGAGCAGUCACGUCUGAGAGAAACUGAUAAGAACAUCACCGAGGAGCAGUCACGUCUGAGGGAAACUGAUAAGAACAUGGCCGAGGAGCAGUCACGUCUGAGGGAAACUGGCAUUGCUCAGUCAUUAUGUGUUAAGCCCUGGAUGCAUUAUGGUCUCAGCUGCUACUACAAGUCCACAAAUGUGGAGACAUUGAAUUCCGCUAAAAGUGAAUGCGAGAAAAAGAGAGCUCACCUGGUGAUCAUUAAUGGGGAGGAUGAGAUGAAUUUCAUACGUGGUGUUUCAGAAAAUCGGACCAGCUACUGGAUUGAUCUCAAAAAGGUCAAUGGAGCCUGGGAAUGGUCCGAUGGGACCUCUUAUGAUAUGACUCCAAAGUAAGACCUGAAUCCCCAAAAUGUCAAAUUCCUUCUUCCAAACAGAAAGGUGCAUCUAUAGUAACUGAAAGAUAAAAUGCACUUUAUCACAAUAUUCUCAGAUGCCACAGCUACACCCCUGAUGCCAAACCUGUGACCCUUUGGUAUUUUGCAGCUCAGCAAACCGUACAAUGAGUGGGAGUGUUGUCCUUUGUCUUCAGUCAUACCUGUUACAGUCUCUGCCUAUCUCCUGUAGCAUGUCCCCAGUCUCUGCCUAUCUCCUGUAGCAUGCCCCCAGUCUCUGCCUAUCUCCUGUAGCACGCCCCCAGUCUCUGCCUAUCUCAUGAAACACGCCCCCAGUCUCUGCCUAUCUCCUUUAGCACGCCCCCAGUCUCUGCCUAGCUCCUGUAGCACGCCCCCAGUCUCUGCCUAGCUCCUGUAGCACGCCCCCAGUCUCUGCCUAUCUCCUGUAGCACGCCCCCAGUCUCUGCCCAUCUCCUGUAGCACGCCCCCAGUCUCUGCCUAUCUCCUGUAGCACGCCCCCAGUCUCUGCCUAUCUCCUGUAGCAUGCCCCCAGUCUCUGCCUAUCUCCUGUAGCACGCCCCCAGUCUCUGCCUAUCUGCUGUAGCAAGCCCCCAGUCUCUGCCUAUCUCCUGUAGCAUGCCCCCAGUCUCUGCCUAUCUGCUGUAGCAUGCCCCCAGUCUCUGCCUAUCUCCUGUAGCACGCCCCCAGUCUCUGCCUAUCUCCUGUAGCAUGCCCCCAG